AUGAGUCAUAUUAGUCAUUUGUAUAGGGAUUUGGAUGAGAUUGGAAUGAAUGAUUUGUGGACUAAUGUUUGGUUUGCAAAGGAAGAUUCCCAAAAAUUCAUGGAUAAAGAAUUGAAAAAGUUUGAACCUUUUUAUGAACAAUAUAUGAAUUAUGAACCUAAAUAUCUGUAUGAAUAUAUUGCAUUGAUUGUGCUUUAUGAUCAAGUUCCGAGAAAUAUAUUUAGGAAUAGUGCAAAAGCAUACGAGACAGAUAGAAAGGCAUUGGAUUUGGCUCGUUCUCUAGUUCCUUACAUGGAUAAGCUGCCUAUUCAGUUUAAUAUUAGUAUUAUCAUGUCAUUUGUACAUUCAGAGGAAUUGGAGGAUUUGAAACAAGCCAAACAGUUUAUUGAAGCAUUGGAAAUUAAGUAUGCCAAGUAUAAUGUGCUGAAGAAUCUCAAGCUCAUAUUUAAAAAUCACAACGAUAGAAUGGAAUUGUUUGGAAGAAUUCCUGAAAGAAAUAAGUAUUUGGGAAGAGCAUCAACAGAAAUGGAAUUGACCUAUUUGAAGAAUAUCAAUUCUCAAUAA